AUGCCCAAUGUUUUAUCACUGGAUAUUAAAAGUUCUGCAUUGCUUAUUGCGUUAGUUCUUGUUCCGAUUGUUGUCCUUUUCUGUGCCGUCGCAGUGCUACUCGCUUGCGCGGAGUAUUGCAGCUGCAGAUUCCAUCGCCCUUUGUGGUUCCCCUCGUGCUGCCGCUGCCAGGGUUACCGAAGAAAGAAGAAGACGAGACUUCGAUCGGAUAUCGAAAGCGCCGCUGGAAAUCGAGAUACCGAGACCUCUGAGUCACCGCUUGAGUAUGAAGAGCCUGUCACCAGCGUGGAGCAGGUCUAG